UUCCCUUCUUCUCUUCCUCCCUCCGGAAACGUGAGUGGCAAUUCGAAGGUUCCGGUCAGUAAAACUGGAGUAAAUAGGGGGCGCACUUAGUAUAUACUAGGCGUUUCUCGGGCGGGCGAUUUCCUGCUGGUACCGAGGCUUCGCGUCUCUCUAAGGCUGUGUCUAAGGACUAACCACUUCGCCCAGUGACUGGAAAGCCGGCUUACCCAAGGAUAUCAUCCACUUUUCUGCUGCAAAAUAAGAGUUAAUAGAGAAGGGAUAACUCCACUGUCCCCACUUUACACAUGGAGCAUUGGAGCAGUCGGAAGUCAAAGCCUUUCAAAUUACCUCAAGAAACAGGAAUUUAUUACCGCAUACUCACCUCCCACCCCCAGGGGCCAAGGCGUACAUUUCUCACCAAGGCAGUUUCCCUGUCAGUUUCUAGGUAUUGACAUCUCUAGAUAUCUGGAGCCCUAGAUGUUUAGUUCCCAGCUCGCACUGGCGGGCUCUUGAGGCGGGGUGGGGGUGGGGGGAUUGGAUAGGAGGAGGGAAGCUGCAUAUCCAACUCCUUAAGUGCCUCCACUGUGUCGGAGAGGCUGGCCCUCCUAAAGGCUCUGGACCUUGGCCCUUAAUCAUAAGGUCCCUUUAAAUACUUAGUCCCUUACCUGAGUCCCGCCCAAGGCAGGUAAUCACAAACCCCGCCCCUCUGGCCAGAAACCUGGAUUGUGCGGACUAUAGGGAGCAAGGCACCCCUCCUUCCUCUCCCCUCCCCUCUCCCCAGCCCCUCUUCACAGCUGGCCGCAGCUGGCCCAGGAGGCCCCUAUUAAGAAGGAGGGGACACUGUUCACAAGUCUGGGCAGGCCCUGAGGUGUUUGUCGUCUAACUACCCACACCUGGUUCCUAGCGUCCACAAAAUAUGAGGGGCCACCCCUCUGUGCUGCUGCUAUACCUGGGAUUAACCACCUGCCUGGACACCUCACCCAGCGGGAAGCACGACCAAGGCCCAGAAGUCUUCCUGGACUCUCCAGAGGCCCAGAGCUUCCUGGGCAGCCGUAGCCGGAUUCCGCGAGCCAAUCACUGGGACCUGGAGCUGCUCACCCCUGGGAACCUGGAACGUGAGUGUUGGGAGGAGCGCUUUUGGGAGAAUUACAUCUACAACGGCAAAGGAGGGCAUGGACGGGUUGAUGUUGCAGGCCUGGCUGUGGGGCUGACAUCCGGCAUCCUGCUCAUCGUCCUGACUGGCCUGGGGGCCUUUUGGUAUUUGCACUGCCGUCUUCAGGGCCGAGGCCAGCAGCCCAGUCCUCAAGACCCUUGGCCCACAGGAGGAACUCGAUAUUUGCUGCCUGGCUGUCUUUGCAGUGCCAGGUUCAUGUGUGAUUAUCAUCCUGUGGAUACUGUAUCUGGUGAGGCUGCAGCCUGUGGUCUGUGGGUGUUUGUGGGUGUCUGUGGUAUGUAUUUCCGUGUUGACAAGGUAUAGCUGUGUUUGCGUGUGCGCGUGCCUGUGUGAGUUGUCUAGGUGUGUCUUUCUCAGUGGCAGGGUCUAAGAGAGGGCUUUAGCAACAGUCUUGAAGGAACGUGGGUCUUUUUU